UUUCAAUUCGGCGGCCAAGCGGCAAACACAACUCGACUCGAAUUCGAAUUCACUUGAGACAGCGAAAUUCUAGAGAGAUGAUGAGAACUUUGGCAGUGCUGGCGGCGCUGACCUGGCUGUGCCUGGCCAGCGUGAGGGCUGGCAAGGUGGGGCAGCAGCAGGUGGGGGGACCGCAGCGACACCUCGUCUGCUACUAUGACUCGGCGAGUUUUGUCAAGGAAGGUCUCGGCAAACUGGUGAUUGAUGACCUGGAGCCCGCUCUACAAUUCUGCGACUAUCUGAUCUAUGGCUAUGCGGGCAUUGAGCGUGACUCGCACAAGGCUGUCAGUCUCAACCAGCAGCUGGACUUGGAUCUGGGCAAGGGUCUUUACCGUACGGUGACGCGUUUGAAGCGCAAGUAUACCAAUCUGCGUGUGCUGCUGAGUGUGGGUGGUGACAAAGACAUAGAGACGAGCGAGGAUGCCAAGGAUUUGCCCAACAAGUAUUUGGAGCUGCUCGAAAAUCCAACGGGUCGCACACGCUUCGUGAACACCGUCUACUCGCUGGUGAAGACCUACGGCUUUGAUGGCGUGGACAUUGCCUGGCAGUUCCCCAAGAACAAGCCCAAGAAGGUGCACAGCGGUCUGGGCAGCCUGUGGAAGGGCUUCAAGAAGGUCUUUAGCGGCGACUCCAUUGUGGAUGAGCGCUCCGAGGAGCACAAGGAACAGUUCACAGCGCUGCUGCGCGAUGUGAAGAACGCCUUCCGGCCGGACAAUCUGUUGCUUUCCACAACGGUGCUGCCGAAUGUGAACUCCUCACUUUUCUUUGAUGUGCCCGCCGUGAUCAACUAUUUGGACUUUGUCAACCUCGCCGCCUUUGAUUUCUUCACACCCCAGCGCAAUCCCGAGGUGGCCGAUUACACGGCGCCCAUCUAUGAGCUGAGCGAGCGCAAUCCGGAGUUCAAUGUGGACGCCCAGGUCAAGUUUUGGCUGCGUCACAGCUGUCCGGCGAGCAAGAUCAAUGUGGGUGUGGCUACAUAUGGUCGCCCCUGGAAACUGACUGAUGAUUCGGGCGACACAGGUGUGCCCCCUAUUCAGAAUGUGGUGGAUGAGGCGCCCGUGGGCACUAACACACAACUACAUGGCAUCUACAGCUGGCCCGAGACCUGCGCCCUGCUACCCAACCAGAACAAUGUCUACUCAAAGGGCGCAAAUGCGCCGCUUAACCGGGUCACCGAUCCUGCUAAGAGAUUUGGUUCGUAUGCUUAUCGUGCCGCUGACAAAAAGGGUGAAAAUGGCAUCUGGGUGAGCUUUGAGGAUCCGGACACCGCUGCCGACAAGGCUGGCUACGUCCGCAACAACAAUUUGGGCGGCGUGGCCCUAUACGAUUUGUCCUAUGAUGACUUCCGAGGACUCUGCACCAACGACAAGUACCCCAUACUGAGGGCCGUCAAAUACCGUCUGUCCAAUUAGACAAUAUGAAAUCAUAACAACAUGUUUUGUAAUUGAAUAUAGAAAGUAAAUGUUUAAUGUA